AUGGCUGAUAAAGGUGGGAAGAUCCUGCCAGGACAAUUGUACAUUGAAGUGGAGUACGACUAUGAGUAUGAGGCCAAGGACAAGAAAAUUGUGAUUAAGCAAGGGGAGAAAUACAUCUUGGUGAAAAAGACUAACGAUGAUUGGUGGCAAGUCAAAAGAGAUGAAAAUUCCAAACCCUUUUAUGUGCCAGCACAGUAUGUGAAGGAAAUACCACGAAAAGCGCUGAUGCCACCUGUUAAGCAAGCAAGCAUGCUGCCAAAUAACGCUUUGAAGUUGACACAUGGAUUACAGAGAUCAACUGAAAAUGUGAAUAAGUCACCAGAGCUUUCUAGUUUUGGAAAAUCUUCUCCGGUUCAAGUGUCUUGCUUAGUUCGAGAUGCCAAUCAAAAUCUGGGACCAAACAAUAGCCCCGGUCAAACUCUUGGUUUGAGUCUGGACCUUACCCAGAACAAUGGAAAACUUAACAAUGAGUUGCAAUCUCCCAAGGUAUCCAAUCAUAGCUCCACAGAACAAGUGCAGCCAACUACUCCACCAAGCCAAGGGAGGCCUGAUUCACCAGUUUAUGCUAAUUUACAAGAACUGAAAAUAUCUCAGUCUGCACUUCCACCACUACCUACAAGUGCUCCGGUCCAAAUAAAUGGGGAAUGGGAAACCCAUAAAGAUACGACAGGACGCUGUUAUUACUACAACAGAGGAUCACAGGAGCGAACCUGGAAACCUCCGCGGUGGGCCCGAGAUGCAAGCAUUAAUAAAGGGGAUUCCCAGAGCCAUGCAGAUCAUGAGCCUCUUUCAUCAGAAGAAAACGACCACAGUUCUUGUUACAGCCAGUCAGAUAGUCAGUAUGGUUCUCCUCCAAAGGGUUGGUCAGAAGAGUUGGAUGAACAUGGUCAAACCUUAUAUACCAAUGACUAUACUAAUGAAAAGUGGAUAAAACAUGCAGAUGAACAAGGCAGACCAUACUACUACAGCGCUGAUGGCUCCCGAUCAGAAUGGGAGUUACCAAAGUAUAAUGCUUCACCACAGCAGCAGAGAGAUAUAAUAAAGAGUAGGAGUCUGGACAGGAGGCUACAAGAACCAAUAGUUUUAACAAAAUGGAGGCACAGCACGAUUGUGUUGGACACCAACGAUAAGGAAUCAUCAACUGCUUCUAAGGCCAGUUUCCCUGAAAAUGAGUCCUCUCCUUCUUCACCAAAGCAUCAAGCCACAGGUCAAGAGAAGUAUGGGUUAUUGAAUGUGACAAAAAUUACAGAAAAUGGGAAGAAAGUUCGAAAAAAUUGGAUGUCAUCGUGGGCAGUGUUACAAGGUUCAUCACUGCUGUUCACUAAAACCCAAGGAAGUGGAACUAGCUGGAAGUUUGGCAAUCAGUCUAAGCCAGAAUUUACAGUGGAUCUCAAAGGGGCAUUGAUUGACUGGGCCUCGAAGGACAAAUCCAGCAAAAAGAAUGUUAUUGAGCUAAAAACCCGCCAAGGAACUGAGCUCUUAAUUCAAUCUGAUAACGACAGCAUUAUUAAUGAGUGGUACAAAGUUCUUAACUAUACCAUCAACAAUCAGGUAGUAGAGUCUGAUGAAGCAUUAGAAGAUGAUGUACCAGAUUCCCCUGGAGUGGAAAAACAAGACAAAGAGAAAGAGAAUAAAGACUCUAAGAAACUUCGUUCAGUGAAAACACCCAGCAAUAUAGAUUCUACAGAUCAGAAAAAGACCAAAACAAAGCUCAAGAAGUUUCUCACACGGCGCCCUACGCUACAAGCUGUCCGUGAAAAAGGCUACAUUAAGGAUCAAGUGUUUGGUUCCAAUCUCACCAGCUUGUGUCAAAGAGAAAACAGCACGGUGCCAAAGUUCGUGAAGCUGUGCAUUGAGCAUGUUGAGGAACAUGGAUUAGACAUUGAUGGCUUAUACCGAGUUAGUGGCAAUCUUGCAGUGAUACAGAAGCUCAGAUUUGCAGUCAAUCAUGAUGAGAAACUAGACUUGAAUGACAGUAAAUGGGAAGAUAUACAUGUCAUCACAGGAGCUCUAAAGAUGUUUUUCAGAGAACUGCCAGAGCCGCUGUUCACUUAUAAUCACUUCAAUGACUUUGUCAAUGCAAUUAAACAAGAACCAAGGCAGCGUGUCCAUGCUGUUAAAGAUUUAAUCAAACAGUUGCCAAAACCAAAUCAGGACACUAUGCAGGUACUCUUUAGACACCUGAAGAGAGUUGUAGAAAACGGAGAAAAGAACCGAAUGACCUAUCAAAGUGUAGCAAUAGUUUUUGGUCCAACCUUAUUAAAACCAGAGAAAGAGACUGGUAACAUAGCAGUCCACACAGUAUAUCAGAAUCAGAUUGUAGAAUUAAUUCUACUGGAAUUGAAUUCCAUCUUUGGACGCUGACAUUUUUCUUGGGAGUAGAAACUGGAAGCGAUGGGUUGGCAGCAGUACUCCAUCAGAAGGAAAAUCUCUUGCUGUACAUGGUGUAUUAUGUUGGUGGACCAAGCGGCAACUUGUUUUUUGCACUUUUGGGGAGGGGAGAAACAGGAGAAAUGUUUGACCACUUUAAUGCAAAUUAAAGACAACACUUUGGAUUUCUUUGAGAAGUUCAAUGUAAAAAGUGAAUUCAAAAGUUUAUAGUUUGCCUUUUUUUAAGUAGCAUUGGAAAAAUGUAAUAUAGGUUCAUACACUGGAUUUCUUGGGAGAGUAAAGCUAUUAAUCUCAAACUGGAUAAUCUGGAAUUCAAUCUUAAUUUUUUUCCACUUGAUAGGGAAAAAUCCUACCAUCUGAUAUGGAAAAAUUCA